CACAAAGCGCACCAGUCGUUGUUAGCCAACGGAACAGUGAAGACCUACGAGAAGUAGUGAGGGCGUCUCAUCGGGUAACAAAUAGUACCCCUAGCAAAACCUUGAAGUGUUGUACUGCGACACACAGUGGAUUAUAUUCUUCUUCGCACAAGCCCUCUGACAGGCCUGCUUUGUUCGCGAGUAUCAACCAAGCAGUUCGUGUACAUUACACCGCAGUAGUAGAACUUAUUCUAACAAGCACACCACACACGGUCGAACAAAAUGUCGGACGAUUACGAUCAGUAUGACAUCGAGCUGGAGAAGCACAUCCACUCGGGGCACAGUGGCAAGCAGCGAAGCAAGAAGGAAGCGAGCGACCACACCAACCAUAACGAUCCGAGCGGCCAUUCGCGCAAGAUUGUGACCAAGCUAAAAAAUACGGAGCAAAACAAGAAAACGCCGUCGAAGUAGGGGAAUAGAUGGUCGUCGAGAAGAACGGGGCCGCCCCGCGACCUCUCCCAGCGCGUACAACAUCGAUCGCGUCCGUGCUGCCUACUUCCACACUAUCCUUUCGAUUUCGCCCCCCGCAUCCACCCCGGAUCACCUUCGUUUCUCGCUUCUCUUUCCUGUCUCCCGGUCACGCGUGCGCCACUGCCGUGGUCAUCAGGUUCGGAAUUCUGAUGAUGGUAGCGAGCAACAGACAAAAACAAAGAGGCAACGAGCGAGAGGGGCAGAAAAAACAACAACUGGUAGAGCGAACCGUGGGUGCUGCUACUGCUACUACUGCUGCUGCUGCUGCUACUGGCUAGAAAAUUCAGGAAGGAAUACGCAAUAUAUCGACUGACCCUGCCGUGCCCUGGCGUUGUUGGCGUUGCUGUUUUGUGGCGCUUCGGUUGCAACACCGUUUAGUCUACGCAUCGCAGAAACCAGUUGAGCAUACACGCACCAACAACAACAACAACAACAACAGCGACGGGGCGGCCUAAUUCUCGAGCAAAUGGGAAAGGAUACGACAAGCAGGCACACGGCAAAGCCGCCCAUCAGCUGCGAGUCUCAGAGGAAGUUAGGCGGAAGGGCAUAGCCAUAGGGUAGAGGAUCGCCCCGGUGAAAAGCGGUAGUCACAAGUUUUUUAUCGCCGAGGUUUUUUUUUUUUUAAUUGCGUAGCUAUUAAGUUGUAACUUUGGUUGUGUUGAAGCACACUAGAGAAGAAAAAAAAUGUCGAAGCAGGUUUAGCUGUUUGUGCGCGGCCAUGUUGCGCUCGAACACACAAGGCCAAGGCUAGCUGUGUUUAAUGAAUAAUAAUUACUUUUCUCCCUUUGUGUGAUUAAAAAUUAGAUAUAAGAUACUAUUAAAAUAAAGAGAGCCCUUAUCAGGCACCUUGGGAUGGAACGAAUACUCCGUUGCAUGCCGGGUGCGUGAUACUGCAAAACCAUA